AUGGGAAACAUAGUUCAGUGCUGUCACACUCUGUCACACUACUUUAAGUGUAAGGACACACCAGGCCAGGGAGAGGCGGAAAGAUCCCCCCUGCUGUCCAGCGAAGAGAGUGAAUGUUGUGACGACCUGGAGGACGAUCUGCUGACCGUCUCCGCCGGCGUUACGAACCCAUCCCUCGAUCCACAGCACUUCCUGUUCCCUGACAUCAUCCUGAGCAGCAGCCUGGGAGGGGACAUGACCCUGGUGGAGCCCAUGGUGUGUCUGCUGGUGUCCGAGGAGGAGGAGGGGCGAGGGGACGGAGUGAGCAGGGUGUUUGACCCAGGACAGGAGAGGAGCAUCAUGAGGAGAAACAGGGGGUUCUCUGAGGUGGAGACGCAGACGGAAAUGGAGACACAGAUCGGUAUGGGGGUGCAGACUCAGACAGAGACGCAGGCAGAGGUUCAGACACAGACAGAGAUGUUUGUGUGUCUGAGGUCUGAGGAUGUGGAGGAAAAACAUGAAAUACUGCAGAAGGUGGAAACAUCCCGAGAGAGACACUCAGAAACUCUCUAUAAUUUGCCAUCAGAGAAAGAGAGUGAACAGAUACUGGGAUCUGAAACCUGGUCUGACGGAGACAGUUUUAGUGAGUUAGAGGAGUCAAGGAAAGUGGAGGAACAUUCAGAAAGAAAGAAACUGUCCUUCAGAGAUUUACACGAGAGAGCAGAAGAAGAAGAAGAAGAAGUGAAGAUCUGUAUAUUACAAACAGAACAAAAGACUGAGCUACAAGAGGAAGCAGAUGUUUUGAAGGUACAGCAGAAGGAUAUUGCCGGUGAGGAACAUGCAGAGUUUACCUGGACAGAGGCGGAUGUAAAAGACAAAGGAGUAAGUGUUCAAUCAGAGUGCACUUCAGUGAUGCUGACUGGACACGAUCCAAACAACACGGAGGAGAAGCAAUCACAAAGGAAGCCGACCUUUGACCCUGCAGGGUGUCAUGUAGACCCCACGCAGGAGAGCGGGCAGGAUGAGGAGCAGAUCUGUGAGCGCGAGCAUCAGAACGUAAACGAAAAGGAUCUUAACACGAAAACAGAGAUAAAUCUGUUUGAGGAAGACACAGAUCAGUCGACAGAUCGUUUUGAAAGUCAGGAAAACUCACCAGAGAGGGAAGAGGACGAGAGUUCAGGUCUGCAGGAGGCCGUGGAGACAGAUCUGACUCAGGAGGAGGAGGAGGAGGAGGAGGGAGCUGAGAUGAAGAAGUUGACCUUGUUUUUAGUCGACAGGUUGUUUCUGGCAGCACCACAUGUCAAAGCACCUCCUCAUCAAAAUGCAGAAAGCCCCGAGGAAGCUGGUGUGGAACAAUGUGAUUCUGACAAGAAGGAACAACUCAGCAUCCGUGACAUAGUUGAUCUCCAAGAGACGAGAUGUACUGUCAGAAUCCAACCUCCUGGAACAGAGAGUUUGGAGCUCCAGGUGUCAGGCCAGAUGUUGGUGGCCGAGCUGCACCAGGUGCUGAUGGAUCACGAGGUCACGUGCCAUCGCACACGUUUCUCUCUGCAGCUGGGAGGCACCGCGCUGGACAACAUCACAGAGCUGGGCAGCAUCCAGGGCCUCCAGGACGGAGCGCUGAUCAAGCUGGUGGAGGAUUCUUACACAGUGCGUGACGCUCGUCUUCAUCUCCAUCAUGUCUGUGAUCUUCUGAGGAGCCUCGACCCUGCGGACGCUUACAACGGCGUGAACGGCAGCUCGCUGUCUUACCUCACCUUUUACACCAGAGGAGACAAGGACGGUGAAAAUGUCGGGAAGAGGCGCGUCUCUGAGAAGGAUUCCGUUGACCACAGGCCUCCGGAGUUCAUCCUCCCUGGAUGUAAGGAGCGACCUCUUCUUCCCCUGCAGCCGCUCAGAGACGACUGGAAGCCUUUACAGUGCCUGCGGGUUCUGACCAUGAGCAGCUGGAACCCUCCUCCAGGGAACAGGAAGAUGCACGGAGACCUCAUGUACCUCAACGCCCUGACCAUGGAGGACAGAGAGCUCAACAUUACGUCCUCUACACGUGGUUUCUACCUCAACCAGUCAACUGCCUUCAACUUCAACCCGAAACCUGCAGCUCCCAAAACCCUCUGCCACUCCCUGGUUGAGCUGCUGAAUCACGUCAGUCCUGCGUUCAGGAAAAACUUCAGCGCCCUGCAGAAGAGAAGAGUCCAGCAGCACCCGUAUGAGCGCUUCGCAGCCCCUUUUCAGGUGUUCACCUGGACGGCCCCCCACGGAGAGCACAGCCUGGACUGUGUCCGAGCGGAGGAGACGCACGCCAGCCACAUGGGCCAGGACAAGCACACAGCCGGGCAGAGCCGGGAUUGGAAUGAGGAGCUGCAGGGAUGCAGGGAACUUCCCAGGAAGUCUUUGCAGGAGCGUCUGCACAGAGAGAGGAGCGUGUUUAAGACCAACACUGACUUUGUUGCCGCUGCAACACAAGGUGCUGUGGCCGUAAUUGACGGUAACGUCAUGCCGAUAAACCCCAGUGAGGCGCCUCAUAUGCAGAUGUUCAUCUGGAACAACAUCUUCCUCAGCUUGGGGUUCGACAUAUCUGAGCACUACCGACCACUGGGGGGCAACACUGCUGCUCACGCUGCUGCCACCUGCGACUUGAGAGGAGCUCAGGCAUAUGCAUCUGUCGACACAGACGGGCUUCACACCCUUGGGACGGCCGUGUUGGAUUAUCGUGGCGUCCGUGUCAUCGCUCAGACGAUUGUUCCCGGGAUACUGGAGAAGAGUCAGGAGCAGAGUCUCGUCUAUGGCUCUAAUGACUAUGGAGCAACUGUAUUUACGCACCCAAGGUUUCUGGAGCUUCUGGAUAAAACCUGUAAACCACUGAGAAUCCAGCGUCACCAGGUGCUCAACCAUGACAACAUCCCAGUGGAGCUUUGCUCUGGCAUUGAAACCAAGGGCAUCCUGGGUAAUGAUGGACGACCUUACAUCUUGGAUCUUCUCCGCACCGUCCCCCCUGACCUCAACUUCCAGUUCUCAGAGACUGCAAGUGAGACGAGGGAGACGGGGGAGACGGGGGAGGAGGUGCCAGAGGAAUGUAGGAGCUUGGGUUACCCACGGCGACAUCGUCACAGCCUGGCUAGCCUGAGACCGGAGCUGAUAGAGGCCUUUGUCCAGCACAGGUAUGAACUUUAUGUCACGAUGGUGGCCCAGGGGCUCAGCCAACUGGAGGACCGGGAUGAAGCUACAGGGCAGAGUGAAGAAGAUCUGGUCUGUGAGCCGAGAACUGGAGAUACAACCACAGCCGCAGAUGCCAUGGAAUCUCAGAGAAGAGAUGUGAUGACGGAAGCUUGUCGGGCUGUCGGAUCCGUGAGUGACACUCGCUUUGACAUCCGCUUCAAUCCAGAUGUUUGCUCUCCAGGUGUUCGUUUCCCAUCUGAUUCUGUCGAGGACGAUCAGAGACACAGGAAGUUGUUAUGGGACGCAGCCGCUUUUCUAUUGUCCAAUCAGAUUCCAGCCAUGCUGAGGGACUGUCUGGACCACACAGCCGUGCCGAUGGAUGGAGGGACCCUGACGUCGCUGCUCCAUCAGCAGGGUGUGAACGUGCGAUACCUGGGCACCUUACUGGGGGAACUGCACAGGGUGGAGGAGAGAGGGAGACUCGGACACAUAAAGAGACUUGCUGUCAGUGAAGUCAUCAUCAGAAGUGCAAAACACAUCUUCAGGACCUUUCUACAGGAUGUGGAACCUGCAGCUUUCUCUGCCGCCGUCAGUCACUUCCUGAACUGCCUCUUGAGCUCCUCGUCCUGCACCCCCGACUCCGGCUCAGAUGAGUUGCUCUCUCGCCGCAGGAGCCGACGCCGACGGAGCCACGGGAGUCGAGUCGCCUUGUUGACGGACAGCGUGUGGGCGAGGCUGACCCCCAGUGAGCUGUGGGGCAGGAUCAGGACUGAGGCCGGAGACUAUUUCAACUACACAAUAGACAGUGACAGUAUAGAUGAAGUGAUAGAAAAGCACGGCCUUCAGAGGAUCUCCCUCCUGAGAGAGAUCGCCAUCAAGACGGGCAUCCAGGUACAGCUGAGGGAGUACGUGUUCGAGUCUCGACACAAGCCGGUGUUUGGUGAGGAAGAUGUCGUCAACAUGUUCCCUGUGGUCAAACAUCUCAAACCCACAGCGACGGACGCUACACGGCUUGUGCAACGAGCACAGGCGGCAGUGCAGAGGGGGCUUCUCAGAGACGGCUAUGAGCUGAUAAGCCAGGCCCUGACUCUGUUCAGCAGCGUCUGUGGGGUCCUGCAUGAGGACGUGUGCGUGUGUCUGCGUCUCUUGGGACGACUCAGCUACAUCUUGGGGGAAUAUGCGGACGCUCUCAGCCACCAGGAAAAGGUUGUUAUGAGUAGUGAGCGACUCCAUGGUAUUGACCAUCCACAGACCAUACAAGACUAUACUCACCUGGGCCUGUACUGCUUUGCUGGAGGCCAACUCUCCAUCUCCUUGAAGCUGCUGUAUCGAGCAAGGUACCUCACGCUGCUUGUGAGCGGAGAGGAUCAUCCGCAGGUCGCACUGCUGGAUAGUAUGCUGGGUCUCGUGCUUCAUGGACUGAUGGAGCAUGAACUUUCCCUGAAGUUCCUACAGAACGCCUUAAAUUUGACCUCAAAAUACCGCGGCGCCACAUCUGUGAGGCUGGCACACAGUCAUCAUCUGCUCGCCACCGUAUACGAGACCAAAGGAGAGUUUCGAUCAGCUCUGCAACAUGAGAGAGAGGCUUAUGCGAUAUAUAAGAGCCAGGUCGGUGAGAACCACGACAGUACGAAGGAAAGCUCAGAAUAUCUGAAGAGCCUCACUCAGCAGGCUGUGGUCCUUCAGAAAGCCAUCAACCAUUUUUACAGUGACACGCCCGGUGCAUGUGUUCCACCUCCGAAGUUUUCCAGUCCGAGCCUUCUGGAGAUUAUUCAGCAGCUGAACCUGACGUGUGGAAUCAUUUUCAUCCCCCUCAGUGCAAAUGAUGUAGCAGACCUGAGGAAGGGGAUGAAGAAACAGGAUAAGGUUCAAGUGGAAGAGUUGGAAACUCAGCUGUUGAAGCAGAGGAAAGACACAGGACAACAAAACUGA